AUGUCUCGCCACACCUCUGAAUUUAUGGUUUGGCAUUCUGAAAAGAGACCACGAGAUGGGGUUCUACGUCAUCCAGCCGAUUCUCUUGCUUGGGAAGAAUUAGACAAAAUUGACAAUAAUUUUGGCUCUGAUGGUCGAAAUGUUCGUUUGGGUCUAGCCAGUGACGGAUUCAAUCCUUUCGGUAUGAUGAGCUUGUCCCACAGUACUUGGCCUGUUAUCGUUACUGUUUACAAUCUCCCUCCUUGGUUAUGCAUGAAAAAGUCAUACAUGAUGUUAUCGUUGCUCAUUCCAGGCCCUAAAAGUCCAGGGAAUGACAUAGAUGUGUACCUGCAACCUUUGAUAGAUGAAUUGAAAAUUCUAUGGAUAGAAGGGGUUCCUACGUAUGAUGCGUUCAAAAAAGAGGUUUUUCAGAUGAGAGCUGCAUUAUUGUGGACUAUAAAUGACUUCCCAGCAUAUGCCAUGUUGUCUGGAUAUAGCACAAAAGGAUCUAAAGCUUGCCCAACUUGUGGUGAAGAGACUGAUUCUUUUAGGUUGCAUCACGGUAAGAAAGAAAUCUACAUGGGACAUCGAAAGUGGCUGCCAGAUAACCAUAUUUUUCGCACAUGGUAUAAUAACUUCAAUGGAUCAACUGAGCAUCGUAAACCCCCUAAACCAAUGACAGGUUUAGAUUGUUUGAGGGCGUUAAGUGCAUUGGAGUUCCAGUUUGGAAAGGGAAAGGAAACAAGCUCUAGUCGUAAAAGGAAACGAGUUCAAAAUAAUGAUAACACAAAAUACACAGGACCGUGGAGGAAGCAAAGUAUUUUUUUUCAACUACCUUAUUGGAAGGACUUAUUAUUGCGUCACAAUAUCGAUGUCAUGCAUGUUGAGAAGAAUGUUACAGAGAGUGUCAUUGGGACUUUGCUUGGAAUUGAUGGAAAAAAUAAAGAUAGCUUAAAGGCACGCCUUGACAUGGUCUUAAUGGGUGUUAAGCAUUCGCUCCAUCCUGAGGCACGUGGUGACCGAACAUGGCUACCCCCGGCGAAAUACACUUUAUCCAAAGACGAGAAGACACUAAUGUGCAAAAUACUUGAGUCGGUUAGGGUGUCUGAUGGAUUUUCAUCAAACAUUCGUAGAUGUGUACGAGUUGAUGAAAGAAAAUUGGUUGGUCUUAAAAGUCAUGAUUGUCACAUAAUUAUGCAGUAUCUACUUCCAGUGGCCAUCCGUCGUUCACUAAAACCAGACAUAACCAAGGUAUUAUUGGAACUCAGUGCUUUUUUCAAACAAUUAUGUACCAAAGUUGGCACCGUAGACCAUUUUCGUGCUUUGUCAAAUCGGAUUGCUGAAACACUUUGCAAAUUAGAGAUGAUAAUGCCACCAUCUUUUUUUGACGUCAUGGUACACCUUCUAAUACACUUAGCAGACGAGGCAGCAAUUGCAGGACCUGUGCAAUUUCGAUGGAUGUACCCAAUCGAAAGAUACUUAUAUGACUUAAAAAAGUAUGUACGCAAUAGGAGUCGGCCUGAGGCAAGCAUCGCAGAGGGUUAUAUAAUUGAAGAAUGCCUAUCAUUUUGCACAAUGUAUCUGUCAGAUGGAGUUGAGUCAAAAAGAACAAGAAUUGGUCGUAAUGCUGAUGACCCUGGGAUUGUUCCUCGUGAAGGAUUACCAUUAUUUGUCGGGAUGGGACGAUCUAUAGAACCAGGACACGAGUUUACACUAACUGACCUUGAGUGGGAACGCGCACAUACACAUGUGUUGAUAAAUUGCCCAGAGAUUAAGCAACAUCUAGACAACCAUGUGGCAAACACACAGCGGACUAAGAAUAGACGCACAACUUUGAUGGAGGCUGAAAGACAAGCAAAUAAUACAUUUUCGAUAUAUUUUCAGGAAUUGAUUGAGAGAAGAGUACAACGAAAAGAAUUUGUCGACCCAGACAUUCGAGCCUUGGCUAUAGGACCAGAUAAAAAGGCAAGGCGAUUCAACAAGUACAUCAUGAAUGGGUUUCGCUUUUUUGUUAAAUCUAUUGAUGCUCAAUCAAAUACUCAAAACUGCGGUGUGUUUGUUAAAGCUGGGGUGAGUAGCUAUGCUACUGCGGGAGAUCGUAGACCAAGAGAUGGUGUAAAAGACUACUAUGGUGUACUAACAGACAUCAUUGAGCUAGAUUAUCACCAUGGUCGGAAAGUCUUAUUAUUCGAUUGUGAUUGGGCAGAUAAUAGAGUUCGCAAUAGAGCCGUCAAAAUGGAUGAGUAUGGCUUCAUUUUGGUAAAUUUUGAUCAUCUACUUCCUAAACCGGACACUCUCAUUCUUGCAUCACAAUCAGUGCAAUUUUUCUAUGUUCAAGACCCAACUGAACCGAAUUGGCACACAGUGAUCCGAACCCGACCCAGAGAUUUAUUUGAUAUGGGCACAGACAUAGAACCGGAGCCUUAUGAUGCCCAAAAUUUGAUUGUAGGGAUUAACGAUGACGGAAUAGCAAGAACAGACAUGGACGGUGUUCUAGUGAAUGAUGUCAUAGAAUGA